CUGAAGCUCAGUCAUUAUUCUGACACCAUGAGGAUCCUUCAGAGCUCCUUCAUCCUCAGCGCUGUCCUGUCCUGUGCCUUGAUCUCAGCAGCAGGCGAGACACUGACUGUGUCUGUUUAUUAUCCGUACGGCUACAUUUGGGUCAGUCCAUACCAGGUGAUCCCGGUUCUGACACACUAUGUUAUUCCAGUGCCUCUCAAAACAACUGGAUCUGAGAGGACAACUACUCCAAGACCAUUCCUGACCACCACACAAAAACCGACCCCACCAGGCCCUGUGACCUCUGAACCUCCCACUAUGACCCCAGCCACGCCCACUGUGAGCCAGCCGGGCCCGGAGUCUACAGCCACGCCCAAUGUGAGCCCGCCGGGCCCUGUGUCUACAGCCACGCCCACUGUAAGCCUGCCGGGCCCCGUGUCUACAGCCACGCCCACUGUGAGCCUGCCGGGCCCCGUGACCUCUGAGCCUCCCACCACAGCAACCCGGCGAGGAGACAACUGAGGGGCUGUUAGCCAGAAAUGGGAAACAUUUGUUUGGCAUGUUCAUGUACACCACAACAAAAUGCACAAGUAGAAAAUGCAUAAAAUAAAAGUGGAAAAAUUGUACAAAA